AACGUAUUUCUUAGUUUGUGUAACUUUGUAUUCUUUAUGUUACAUUUGUUAAGCACAACAAUUUAUAAAAUAUUACUUAUUGAAAACUAAGACCAAUUAAGGCCCAACAAAAUUUCUAUAAUCUAAUUGGACUUUAUUCUUCCUGAGAAUUGUGAAAAACUUUAUAUUAAAUAUUUUGUUAAUAAACUUUAUGUUACAAUAUUAUUAAAUAUUCUAUCUAAUUUAACUUUCUAAAAGCUUCUUCCUUCAUAAGAAAAGCUAUUAGGUAAACCUGAUUGUUAAGAAAAAUGUGAAAACUUUAGUGCAUAGAAUCUAGUUCACCUUUCCGGAAGAUAAAAACUGACUUUUAACUAACGAAGAUUGACCCAAUUUAAUUUUCGUUGCAAUUUGCUGACAAAAUUAAAUUUCGAAUGAAACGUUCAAGUUCAAGAAAAAGAUCAUUCAAAAUAAUCAGAGAUCCUUGUCAAAUUUAUAUACUAUUUUGCUAUAUUUCAAGCAACAGACACAAUCAAAAACUUUUACGUAAUCAUCAUGCACCACCCAGCACCCUGAGAAACCGGCCCUGAUAGGACGGGUCGGGUGGUAGCGUCGGACGCGAGCGUCGAGGCGCCCGUUGAACGCGACGGUCGGCCCCUCAGUAAUCUGCACGAUGCCGCCGUGAUCGUAGGGCAUCGUAUUUUUCCUGGUGACACGCGCACGCAUCACGUGGCAUACGCACCACGUCGGUGUCCGGGCAACCUCCCUGCGACACAAUCAUCGUUCAACGUUCCGACGCGUUGUACCGACGCUCACGACGCGUCCUAAGACCUGGGGGAGAAGCGGCACCCGCCGACGACGCUCGUGUGCAACAACAAAUGCAUCAGUGAUCCCGUCACUGAAUAUAUGCCCGGAGAAGUCCGAUAUGAGUACAGACGGAAACAUGUCCACCGGGAGAAGAUGACCCCACGUCGUCGCGUCUUGGCAGGAAUUCACCGUGCUAUCUUCGCCGCUAGUAUCCUGGCACUCGUCAUCCUGGCACUUUCGAGCCAGGAUGACACCAACACCUUGCAGCAUGGGAAUUCGCUGGAGCAGGACGCGAAUCUGACACCGGAGGAAAGAAUAUUAGAGCAGAUCGCCGCAGCGGAAACCGAGCGGCGUCUAACAGCCAGGCGGAAAUUCUUAGCGGAAAAAUGCGCGGAGGAAGGACUCGACCGUCCUGGAAACGAUUCGCUUCACAGACCCAACGCCUGGGAGUUCCUUGUAAAUAAAGAGUAUCAUCUUAUAUGGUGCAACAUUUUCAAAGCAGCCUCCACGUCGUGGAUGUAUAAUUUUAAUUUACUUGCAGGAUACAGUCCGCAAUUCCUAAGAGCCUCCAAAGCAGUACCAGUCUCGCUGGCUAGACAGAGGUACCCUAGGCACACCGCGAUAGAACUAGCUAAAUAUCUGAAUGACAGCAUCAGUUUUCUAAUAGUGCGACAUCCAUUCGAAAGACUGCUCAGCGCCUACCGGGACAAAUUGGAGCAUAGUCUGCCACACACGUUUCACAGCAAUCUCGGUACACACAUAGUUUGGCAUUAUAGAGCAAAGAAUCCAAAGACGCAUACAAAGCAAGGACCAAGAUACCCGCUGUUUGAGGAAUUCGUGCGAUGGUUAUUGUGUCAAUGGAAAACAGGAAACGAUCUCGAUAUGCAUUGGACACCAGUUGUAAAUUUCUGCACACCUUGUCAAGUGCGAUUCGACGUGAUAGCUAAAUUCGAGACGUUGCAUGAUGACCAGAACUAUCUUAUCAGGCACGCUCAUGUGGGACACAUCAUUAAACCAGAAUGGAAGAAUCCAACUAGGGGUGUCCAAACGAAAGAUGUAGUAAAAAAUUAUUUUACGCAAUUAUCCAAAACACAGAUAUAUGAGCUCUAUGAAAUGUUCAGAUAUGAUUUUGUAUUGUUUGACUAUUCGCCUGAGGAAUAUCUAGAGUUUGGAAGAGACGAAGUUACUACAUUAAUAUGUAAGAAUUAAUAUUGCCAUCAUGUCGCGUGUACCGUGUGCGAACACGCAAAAUCUCUUAUUGGAAUGAUGCAUAUAUACAACGAAAUUGUAGAUAGUAUUUAAAUGAAUUUAAAAAGAGAAGAGACUAUGAUAUUUAAUAUGUACAUAAUAACAAUCAUGCCGUCGAUGCAUUUCUUACAUAGGAUUUUAAGAAUGAAAUAGAUACUUAAUAUCUUGUUUUGUAAUUUGCAUAUAUAUUACGUUAUUAUAUCGAGGAUUUUAGUAUGUUAAAGUUUAUCAAAUUGUUAUAUGUCACACGAAGCAUGUGUGAGGGACACGAAUGAAAUUUAUGAUAAAUAAUUACAAAAAUGUCUUGCAAAUAUAAAAGAUGUAUGAUUCAAACCAAAUUUUUACAAAUUUGUUUACAAAAAACAGCUGUCAGGUUUAAAGUCUUGCUUGGUGCAUACCUAAUUAUUCAAAAUUUACACAUCUCUCUUAAUUAUCUUCCUUUUUAAUAACAUAAGAUAGAUUGAGUGUUCCAUUAGUCAUAAAAAUUGCUAAAGCCUUUAAAUAGAAAUGCAAUAAAACUGACUUAAGUAAAAUGUAGGUAGAUUUAAAAGAAAUUCUAAAAUAUGAUACAGAAUCAAGAACAAUUUGUGAUAGCUUUGAUCUUGCAUAAUGCAAUAAAGGUAUCUAGAUGUCACCAGAUAGUUUCUGACAACUGCACAAUAAUUUGUAUGCAUAAUUAUACAGUACCACUUGCGGUAAUAGUACUGCCUUGGGAGAAACAUGGUAUGAAAUGUUGAAAUACCUAACUUGUCACAUUGUAUCCCUUUAAGAGGAAAACAUUUGAUAGAAUUAAAUUAUUCUCUUUCCAAUGGGUUAUAAAAUAUACAUUUUUCAAAAGUAAAACAUUAAAAUGAUCAGAAACAUGAGUUUGAUAUAAUUGAUUGAGAUAUAUUGGCCACUUCUAACACCUAUGUUUUAAAUAAGAAAUUUACACAAAAUUGCAGAACUCUUUUGAUUUGAAUGGUACAGGAGUAUCUCGUUAUAAAUUUCUAUAUCUAAAAGGUGAAAUAUUGUUGAAUAAAGAUGAUUUGUACUAUAUUC